CGCUUGCAUCUAGAAAGUGAGGACGACUGAAUCUCCGUAUAUGUACACAGACUCAAUGAAAACUGCCAGGUCUGGUCUAUCAGGGCAGGAGAACUGAAGACUGAGGCAAUAUCUUCUGUUUUCAUCCUUCAAACGGAAAGUCGGAUGAUUAUUGGUGACUUUUGGUGGGGGGGAAAGCCUUCGAGUCAAGCAUACGGUGAUUUUCCUGCGUUUCACGGGUGAUUUUGUGAUUGAUCUGUGCCACACUUUACAUCUUCGAAGGACUGUGUAAUGUUAUACGUGGAUAUGUUACGGAUAAAGGCAGCCCUGCGAGAUAAAUAAAUCCACGUUUUCGUCACUGAACAUCUGGGAAAAUCCCGUUUGCACGUCUUGGUGAAAAUGUCAGGAUAUGUACCAUUUCUUAGCAUAACAGAAGACGGCAGCGGCGUAUUGUGAAAUGCAUUUCCAUAUUUCGGGAGCGCAACAUGUAUUUCCUGCGUGAAUCCUGAUAAUGCACAGGAAGAAGAGAAAUGCAUUAUAAUAACAGACUGUAUCUGGCCACGAUACGCACUCCGAGCACGAUCACGUCUGUUCUGUCCAUUUAAGCCUUUUUAUUCUCCUUAUCACAGGGUGUCAUGUCGAUCUGGGGCGAAACAUCUCGUUCAAUGGUCGUAUCUCUUGCUUCCUGAUGUUCUUCAUCCAUGCGAGGAUUCACCAUGGAAACCCACAGUGAGCGCUGGUGGACACCGAGACUGGAUCCUGGAUCGGGAACAGAGAGUCUCAUGGAUGUGUAAACGGCUUCCUUUUUUUGUCGCCAACUUGCUGGGCCCUGUCUUUGCAGACAUCAGGAAAAACAAAAGGCGUGUAGCUUCUCGAAGUGACAAAGCGCCAAUGCCACGAACAUGCAUGCAAGAUCUAAACAUGCGCCAUGACAAUCAGGGGGCGACUUCGGAUCUGAUCUCAGGAUUGGACGUUACCCGACACGUUUCAAGCGACCCAAGCGCAAUGUUCUUCGAGCGCCGGUUGCAUUAAAACCCAAAAGGAGUACUAGCCUAGUUUUCAUAGCGUUUUUCACAAUCCAACGCCCAGAAUGCCUCGAAACCGGGCUUUCUCUGAGCCGGAGUAUUCUGCCGAGUAUUCGGCGGACUGUUCGGUCACCCUGCCCUCUGACCCGGGACAGGCCGUGGGACGCACACACGAGGUGACCGUACGCAGCUCCGGCUGCUGCCUGUGUCUCCCGCGGUUCAUGCGUUUAACUUUCGCUCCAGACUCUCUGGAGAACCUCUACCAGACGUAUUUCCGGCGGCAGCGGCACGAGACCCUGCUGGUGCUGGUGGUGUUCGCCGCCCUGUUCGACUGCUACGUCAUCGUGAUGUGCACCGUGCUUUACUCCAGCGAUAAGCUGGCGUCUGUGGUCGUGGCGUCGGUGGGACUGCUGGCAGACGUGCUCUUGUACGUGUUGUGCCGGUUCGGUCUCCUCCCCGACCGCGUGACCCGCCGCCUGGUGCCCUACGCCUUAUGGGUGCUCAUAGCGGCCCAGAUCUUCUGUUACCUCGGACUGAACUUUGCCCGCUUCCAUCAGCCCAGUGAUACUGUAGGCUGGCAGGCCUUCUUUAGCUUCUCCUUCUUUCUGACGCUGCCGCUGAGACUGACCCCUAUAGUUCUGAUCACGUCGGUGUCCUGUGGCGUACACACACUGGUCCUCGGCGUCACCAUUGCCCAGCAGCAGCAAGAGGACAUUCAGGGGGCGGCUCUCGGAAGACAGCUGCUGGCCAACAUUGUGAUCUACUUAUGUGCCAUCACAGUGGGCGUCAUGUCGUAUUACAUGGCCGACCGCAAACACCGCAAGGCCUUUCUCGAGGCCCGGCAGUCGCUGGAGGUGAAGCUCAACCUGGAGGAGCAAAGUCAGCAGCAGGAGCGUCUCCUGCUGUCCAUCUUGCCCAAGCACAUCGCAGACGAGAUGCUUCAGGACAUGAAGAAAGAAGCCAGUCAGAAAGAGAUGCAGCAGUUCAACACGAUGUACAUGUAUCGGCAUGAGAAUGUCAGUAUUCUGUUCGCAGACAUCGUGGGCUUCACACAGCUGUCCUCGUCCUGUAGUGCGCAGGAAUUGGUUAAGUUGCUUAACGAAUUGUUUGCCCGUUUCGACAAGUUAGCAGCUAAAUACCACCAGUUGAGGAUCAAGAUUCUCGGCGACUGCUAUUACUGUAUUUGUGGCCUUCCAGAUUACCGUGACGACCAUGCGGCCUGCUCCAUCAUGAUGGGCUUGGCUAUGGUGGAGGCCAUUUCAUACGUCCGAGAGAAGACGCAGACCGAUGUGGACAUGCGUGUCGGGGUGCAUUCUGGGACGGUCUUGGGCGGGGUGCUCGGACAGAAGCGCUGGCAGUAUGAUGUGUGGUCUACUGACGUGACGGUGGCCAACAAGAUGGAGGCAGGAGGAAUACCAGGGCGAGUGCACAUCUCCCAGAAUACCCUGGAGUGUCUGCACGGGGAGUUUGAUGUGGAGCCAGGGAAUGGCGGAGACCGCUGUGAGUACCUGAAGGAAAGGGGCAUUGAGACGUACCUGGUGCUGGUGCCCAAGGGACCCCUGGGCAAGAACGGCAUCAAUGGAGUCAAGCUUUCGGUGACGUCAUCGAACGGGAACUCUCCACUACUGAUCAACACCAAGGAGUGCAACGGGAGCGUCCACACGGCGUGCACCACACCGGAGGAUCCCGAGGAGCUGGACACACGGGUGGUGAACCCCUCGUUCCCAAACCCGCGGCGUCGGUUACGUCUGCGUGAUCUGGCCGAGAGAGUCAUCGACGCUCAGGAGAACGAACAGGAGCUCAACAAACUCCUCAAUGAAGCUCUGCUGGAGAGAGAGACCGUACAAGCGCUGAAAGGGAAGUACACUAAUCGCCUGUCUCUGCGCUUCACCGACCCGGAGCUGGAGACGCGUUUCUCCGUGGAGAAGGAGAAGCAGAGCGGGGCCGCUUUCAGCUGCUCGUGUGUGGUGUUGCUCUUCACUGCGGUCAUGGAGGCCCUCAUUGACCCCUGGUUGGUCGCAAACUACGUGACUCUGGCCGUGGGAGAAGUCUUGCUGCUCAUUCUUACUAUCUGUUCGCUGGCAGCCAUUUUCCCACGGGUUUUUCCAAAGAGAUUGGUGUCGUUCUCCACUUGGAUUGAUCACACGCGCUGGGCUCGCAACACUUGGGCCAUGGCAGCCAUUUUCAUAGUCACAAUGGCCGACAUAGUGGAUAUGUUAAGCUGUCGGGUUCCUCAGCCCUCCACCAAUGAGGCGACCACAGUCCCUUCAGUCUCAGCGCCCGCCAGGAACUGUUCGGAGAAUCCCAAAUACUACAGCUACGUCGCAGUCCUGGCUCUCAUGGCCACCACCAUGCUGGUGCAGGUCAGCCACAUGGUCAAGCUCACGCUCAUGCUGCUGAUCACUGUGGCUACAGGCGUAGUCAACAUCUACAGCUGGACGGACAUCUUCGACCGCUACGAUCUGGCUCGCUUUAAGGAAUACAGACUUUAUCUUGUGCCCUCCAAAUACACGAUGAGUGUGAUGAUCUUCGUCAUGAUGGUCAGCUUCUACUACUUCUCCCGACAUGUGGAGAAGCUCGCACGCACACUGUUCCUGUGGAAGAUUGAAGUGCAUGAGCAGAAGGAGAAGGUGUACGAGAUGAGGCGCUGGAACGAGGCUCUGGUCACUAAUAUGCUUCCGGAGCAUGUGGCCCGACAUUUCCUGGGCUCCAAGAAGAGGGAUGAGGAGCUCUACAGCCAAUCCUAUGAUGAGAUUGGAGUCAUGUUCGCUUCCAUCCCAAACUUCUCUGAUUUCUAUACGGAGGAAAGCAUCAACAACGGCGGGAUUGAGUGUCUGAGGUUCCUCAAUGAAAUCAUUUCUGACUUUGAUAGUCUUUUGGAUGAGCCACAGUUUCGCUUUAUAACCAAGAUCAAGACUAUUGGCAGCACCUACAUGGCAGCAUCAGGAGUCACUCCAGACAAUAACACCAACGGUUACGCUUGCAUGAAGAAAGAAGAAGUUUCAGACAGGGAACGGUGGCAGCACUUGGCAGAUCUUGCUGAUUUUGCUUUGGCCAUGAAAGUCACGUUGAUGAACAUCAACUACCAGUCCUUCAAUAACUUCAUGCUUCGCAUCGGGUUGAAUAAAGGGGGCGUUUUAGCUGGUGUUAUUGGUGCCCGUAAACCUCAUUUUGACAUCUGGGGAAACACUGUGAAUGUCGCCAGUCGCAUGGAGUCCACAGGGGUGAUGGGAAACAUCCAGGUGGUGGAGGACUGCUACUGCAUCCUGAAGGACUACGGCUUCCGCUUCGUGAGGAGGGGGCCGAUAUUUGUCAAGGGGAAAGGAGAGCUGCUCACCUAUUUCUUAAAGGGACGUGAAAAACAAGGCUCCUUCAUUAACGGCUCUUUUGUCACCCUACCGCACCAAGUGGUGGACAGCUCUUGACCAACACGCACGCACACACACACACUCUGUCGUACUCUUCAAACUUGCUCGCGCGAACCUCACGUCAUACCUCUUCUGCCGAGUACAUGUGCUCCAGUAAUUAGUACUUUCAAAUGUGUUUUCUCUAUUUAUUAGCCUGAGGAAAGAAAUGUUGGCGGGAAAAUGAGACAGACUGUCUGUUUAUAAAAUAUACGUUUUGAAAGUGUGCACAGCCGCGAAUGAAUGAAACAAAAGUUGAAUGAUUUUAAUAGGCUGCUGAAGUGAUACAGUUUGAGAGGAGGUUGUUUUUAAACUCAUACCGCACAGAAUCCAAUGAACUCUACUGUAUAUUACACAAUGCGCUGCUCAAAGGAACCUAUUUUUGUUGUUCUUUCAUUUGAAAUCCUUUUAUUAUUUAAUCCUUUAUUAUUUAAAGAUUACCCUGACAUGUCCAGAUAACUGAAUGUUGUUUGCAAUUGAAAAGCUACUCUGAAUGCCUGUGUAGGAAAGCAUACUGACUGCCUUUGCAUAGUGUGUGUGUGUGUGUGUAGACAUGCAUUUCUAUAGUCUCUAGUCACCUUUUCUUUAUUUGUUGACUUUAUAAUAGAUAAACAUGGGGUUCUAAAGUCUGAGGCCACAUCAAAUCAUGGGUUUUAUUCAGAUUAACCCUGGAUUUCAAAAACUUCAUAAAAAAUAAUUCUAUUUUUUUAGUGCCGUUUCCCCCUAUCAGAUAUUUUAGCAGUCAUCAUGAAUUAGGUAUCAUUGGAAAGUUUAAACACAAAAUUCGUCCUUUAAAACCGUCUUGAAAUUGGACGUUUAAUGGUACUUUAAUGUCACCAUGAAAUUAAAAUUGACAACGUUUUUUAAUAAUAAAUUAUUUAUUUGUCCACAUAUUAUUUUGUGGACAAAUGCUCCCUCGUUCACCUCCCCUUCCCCCUGAAAUGACGGAUGUUGUCCAAAAAAUCCUCCACAACUCACAUUCAGAUCUCCCUCCAUUGAGUUAGCAACUUCCUACGAUCCAAUCAAUUCCCAAAGACAAAAUCUGGAUCAAAACCCAGAUCCGGGCCACAUGUGGAUUUAACUCGUACCAGAUCUGGACCGACACUAUGUUGCUGUCUGGGUAGAGAUAUGGCUUUUGUUUUUGAGUCCAAGUUGUUUUUGCCAAAUAUAUAUUUAUAGUUAUGGCAAAAAAAAUUGCUUUACAGCUAAUUUAAAUAUUUGCUGCUGAUAUUUUGCCCC